AAGUGACUCCAGUCUUGACACACAGACCGCCACCGCCGGUCGCUGUUCCCGCCCGCGUGUCACAUCCACAUCUCACACUUGUUAUGGAGUCUUAUGAAAAGAUCAAAGUUGUAGGACGAGGUUCACAUGGGUUGGUGUCCCUCUGUCGUAGAAAGGACACCAGUUUAGUUAUUCUUAAAGAAGUUGCAAUUGAUCAUCUUACAGAAAAAGAGAAAGAGGCAACCUUAAAUGAAGUCCUUGUUUUAUCGAAGUUGCAUCAUCCCAAUGUCAUAGCAUACUUUGAUAAUUUUAUUCAUGAUUCCUCAGUCAAGAUAGUCAUGGAAUAUGCAAACAGAGGAAGCCUCCAUGACUUCUUAGAAUCUCAGAAUGGAACACACUUACCACAGGAAGAUGUCAUGCUAAUGUUUACCCAAAUAAUUCAAGGGUUGCACUAUAUUCACAGCCAAAAGAUCUUGCAUAGAGAUCUGAAAACCCACAACAUAUUUGUCAGUCAUGAGCCAAACGUCUUUUCGAUGCCAAUUCUCAAGAUUGGAGACUUUGGAAUAUCCAAAGUCCUUAUGAGUCAAAGUAAAGCUAGCACAGUACUGGGAACACCUUCCUACUUGUCACCAGAACUUUGUCAAGGCCAAAUGUAUGAUGAGCACAGUGAUAUAUGGGCUUUAGGAUGCAUUCUGUACGAAAUGCUUACCUUCAAAAAGGCAUUUGAGGCACCAACAUUAGCUAAUCUUGUCAUCAAAAUUAUUCAUGGGAAAGUGCCAUCAAUUGAUUCUUCAAAAUAUACAGUAGGAAUGGAACAGCUUCUCCACUCCAUACUACAAACUUCCCCUCAUGAUCGUCCCACAGCAGCAAUGCUCCUUUCCCAUCCAUUGGUGUGUGCAUCACUUUGCACAGUGGGCACGAACCUCGGCAGAAUCAAUCAGGAAUGAAAUCAAGGACAAAUAUCACGUUGUAGAGUGGUUUAAUUUUUGUUACAACCUGUUUAGCAAUAGAAUAAAUGUAAAGCAAGAAAAAUUACAACAUCUUCCAGUAGUAAUCAUCUGCUCAAGGUGGCUGCUCCCUGUAACUGAGAAGAUAGUGAUUCAAUUUCCAAAGUAAAUAAAAUCUGUUUUAAAAAAGAGAGAUCAA